AUUUUUCAUCACAAGCUGAAGCAUGGCAUCUAUACACUCACUAGCAAUACUCCUGCUCGGAGUGGUAAUGCUCAUCACUCCUGUGUUGGGUAAUUACAACAAACAACUCACUUAUGAAUCACCACCAUUUGAGAACCCACCAACUUAUGAGCAUCCACCAACUCAAAAACCACCGGCUUAUAAGCCUCCGGUAUACCCUCGACCAAUAUAUCAUCCUCCACAUGAGAAACCACCUCCAGUGUAUGAACCACCUUAUGAAAAACCACCACAUGAAGAGCCGCCACCUGAGUAUGAACCACCUGGUGAAAAUUUACCACCAGAAUACGAACCUCCACAUCAUGGAAAGCCACCUUAUGAAAAUCCACCUCCAGAGUAUGAACCACCCUAUGAGAAACCACCACCAGAGUAUGAACCACCUCAUCAUCAAAAACCACCGUAUGAACACCCACCACCUGAGUAUCAACCAUCACCUGAGUAUCCACCAUCUCAUGUGAAGCCACCACCAGAAUAUCAACCUCCUCAUCAGAAACAACCACAUGAGAAUCCACCACCAGAAUAUCAACCACCUCAUGAAAAACCACCACAUGAACAUCCACCACCAGAAUACCAACCACCACAUGAAAAACCACCACAUGAACAUCAACCACCUGAGUAUCACCCACCACAUGAGAAACCACCUCAUGAGAGUCCACCACCAGAGUAUCAACCACCUCAUGAAAAACCACCAAAUGAACAUUCACCACCACAAUACCAACCACCACACGAACAUUCGCCACCACAAUACCAACCACCACACGAGAAACCACCACAUCAGAGUCCACCACCACCAGAGUACCAACCACCUCAUGAAAAACCACAUCAGAGUCCACCACCACCAGAGUACCAACCACCUCAUGAAAAACCACCUCAUGAACAUUCACCACCAGAGUACCAACCACCACACGAGAAAUCACCACCAGAGUACAAACCUCCUCAUGAGAAACCACCUCAUCAAAAUACACCACCAGAGUACCAACCACCUCAUGAAAAACCACCGCAUGAAUAUUCUCCCCCAUCGUACCAACCACCUCAUGAAAAACCACCUCAUGAACAUUCACCACCAGAGUACCAACCACCACACGAGAAAUCACCACCAGAGUACAAACCUCCUCAUGAGAAACCACCUCAUCAAAAUACACCACCAGAGUACCAACCACCUCAUGAAAAACCACCGCAUGAAUAUUCUCCCCCAUCAUACCAACCUCCUCAUGAGAAUCCACCUCAUGGAAAUCCUUCACCAGAGUACCAACCACCUAAACAAAAACCACCACAUGAACAACCACCGCCCGAGUACCAUCCUCCGCACGAGAAACCACCACAUCAAAAUCCAUCACCAGAGUAUCAACCCCCUCACGAGAAACCACCUCAUGAAAAUUCACCACCAUAUUACCCACCACCUCAUGAAAAACUACCACAUGAACAUACACCUCCAAAGGACCAUAAGCCUCAUGAGAAACCUCUUCAUGAGAAUCCACCACCAGAAUAUCAACCACCUCAUGAACAUCCGUCCCCAGAGUAUCAACCGCCCCAUGUGAGACCACCAUAUGAGAGUCCACCACCAGUAUACAAACCACCUUAUGAGAACUCACCCCCACCACAUGUGUACCAUCGUCCACUCUUUCACGCACCUCCUCAUGUAAAGCCACUUGUUUACCCGCCACCUCCUCUUGUGAAACCAUCACAGAUGGAGAAAUCACCACACUACAACCCCCGCCCUUUUGGACUCUUCCCAGCAUCUAAGAACUAAUAAUGACCACCACUGAAGAAUGUGCACAUUUAACUUGGUAAAGUAAAAUUCAGAGUGGUUGUUUGUUAUGCUUUUCAUAUGAAGUGUUUAUGUUCUUAUUUUUCUUUUUUUCCUUUUCUGUUUUGAAAGCUCUUUUAAGUUGUAAAGCACAAUGUGCCCUUUCUGCAUGCAAAUAAAGGCUCUAUAUAUUGCCUUUGUAUAAUAUCUUCCAUUUUCGUUUUA